GGUUGUCUGUUUUAUGCAUUAUUUAAAUUAGCUAUGACCUUUUCACAUAUCUUCCAGGGUAGUUAUUAACUAUAAGCAUACUUGCAGUCCAAGCAAACAAAUUCAUGUCACCUAUCAAGACAUUUUCUUGUGCUUCAAGCACCUGUGUCUUUGAAUGACAGUGUUUUCAUUGUUUGCUUUGUGUAUAAAUAAGGAGCUUAUUAACUUUUAAUUUACUUGCCAAAUCAAUUUACUCCUGUCCUGUUUCUUCCCUUGAACCAAGCUAAAUGGCCUCAAAUUCACGCCAGCUUCAUUUCAUUUUCUUUCCACAACUUGCCCAUGGUCACCUGAUCCCAACAGUGGACAUGGCUAGACUUUUUGCUAUGCAUGGAGUAAAGGUAACUAUUGUUACUACUCCCCUUAAUGCUCUUCUCUUUGCCAGCAAAAUUCAAAGAGAAAAGCAAUUGGGCUUUGACAUUAGUACUUUGGUAAUAAAAUUUCCUGCAUCUGAGGUAGGCCUGCCUGAAGGAUGCGAGAACGUGAGUUCCAUCACUUCACAAGAAAUGAUACCAAAGUUUCUCAAGGCCAUCAAUCUUUUCCAACAACCACUUGAGCGGAUCCUUGAAGAGCUCCGCCCUGAUUGCCUUGUGGCUGACUGGAUGUUUCCAUGGGCUACAGAUAUUGCUGGCAAGUUUGGGAUCCCAAGACUGGUUUUUCAUGGAACAAGCUGCUUUGCUCUUUGUGUCGUUGAUACCUUAAUACGCCAUGAACCCUUCAAGAAGAUUUCAUCUGAAUCUGAACCCUUUGAUGUGCCUGGCCUCCCGGACCAGAUAAAGAUGACAAGAUUGCAGCUGCCAGAUUAUAUUAAAGAUACAGCAGAAACUGAGCGGAAAAAGCUGAUAGAUGAAGCUAUCAAAUCAGAGUUGACAAGCUAUGGAGUCAUAGUAAAUAGUUUCCACGAGCUAGAACCAGCUUACACACAACACUAUUCCAAAGUUAUGCGAAGGAAGGCAUGGCAGGUUGGUCCUGUUUCACUCUGCAACAGGAACAACGAAGAUAAAGCCGAAAGAGGAAAUGCAGCCUCCAUUGACAGACAUGAGUGUUUAAGAUGGUUAGACUCGAAGAAACCCAACUCAGUUCUCUACAUAUGUUUUGGAAGUAUAUUCAGGACUUCAGCUGCUCAGCUAAAUGAGAUAGCUAAGGGCCUUGAAGCUUCAGGACAGGAUUUCAUUUGGGUUGUAAGAAAGGUGAACGAUGAAGACAAAGAAGAAUGGUUGCCAGAAGGAUUUGAAGAGAGGAUGGAAGGGAAGGGUUUGAUAAUUAGGGGAUGGGCGGCCCAGGUUUUGAUCCUUGAUCAUGAAGCUGUAGGAGGGUUCAUGACCCAUUGUGGGUGGAACUCAACAAUAGAGAGUAUAACUGCUGGGGUGCCAAUGGUUACUUGGCCUCUUUGUGCAGAACAGUUCUGCAACGAAAAGCUGGUUACAGAAGUUCUGAAGAUUGGAGUAGAUGUUGGAGCCAAAGAAUGGUGCAGAUGGGGAGAUGAUCCUAGUACAAAAUUUAAAGUAAUGAAGGAAGAUAUAGAAAGGGCAGUGAGUCGGGUAAUGGUUGGUGAAGAAGCUGAGGAAAUGAGAAGCCGAGCUAAGGAAUUGAAAAAUAUGGCGAGGAAGGCUAUGGAAGAAGGUGAAUCAUCUUACUCUGAUUUGAAUGCUUUGCUAGAUGAAUUGAGGUUGAGCUGCCCUUGACCAGACCAACAUAUAUCAAAAAUCUUUUCUUUUUAAGCCGUCACGGAUUUUUUUUAUCAAUAUUAGUAUUUUUGUAGGAAAAUAUAGUAUUGUUGGAAAUAAAAUAAUAUACAUAAAUAGCUGGAGUAGCUCAGUUGGUUAGAGCGUGUGGCUGUUAACCACAAGGUCGAAGGUUCAA